UUGGACAAAAUUAUCUCCCCAGUUGAUUUUAUUCAGUCCAAUAUUGCCAUUUCCUGUUCUGAUUCCAGUUGUGAAACUUGUGGCAAGGAAUUCAUCCAACCCAGUAAUUACAGUCGCCAUUUACGAAUUCACACCAAAGAACGUCCGUACGCCUGUACUCUUUGCUCAGCCCAGUUUCCCUACUCCACCUCGCUCAAACGUCAUCAACAGCGUGAUCACGGCAUGGAUUUGCUCAGUUGUCGGGUUUGCAGUAAAACGUUCCUAAACGAGACCAGUCUCAUUCAUCAUUCUUUGACCAUCGUCACACAACCUAUCGGUAUCAUUCCACUUACCCGGUUAAAUACACUAAAAAACCCCGUUCUACUCCCUAUUCAAUAUCAAGGGAUGGAACAUGACCGUUCUAGAUUCGAUUUGCUAUCAUCCUGGACAGAAUUUCUCUCGCCAUUCCCAUCGUUUUUCAGCAGGAUGUAUAAUACCAAAACCAAGGAAUGGACGAAGUUCAAGGCUUUUCUGGGAAUUUCUUUUUUUUUUCUACGGUAA